AAAAGCAGAAGGAGAGAGACCACGGCGCAAACCCCCCCUUUAAGUUCCAGCUGGCUGUCUUUUUUCUUUCUUAAUUGAAAUUUAGGGCAAACAAGCUUCAUGUGAAGAGCUAAGGGGAUAAAAGUCUCUUUUUUUCCUUCUCUCACCGUCACAGUGCACCUCUCCACCUAGAUCACCUUUAUUUUUCAUUUCAUUUUUUUUUGGUACCUCCUUGGAUAUUUUGGCUGAAGCACGGCUUCACUUGGGCACCCCCUUUUCUGAAGUCUUUCACGAAACGGCACCAACUAAGGCACUUCAAGGUGAAAACUUUCUUUUCUUUUUUUUUUCUUGGACCAAGACGCUUAAAAGUUCCACAAUGAGUACCCUAAAAUCUGACAGCGAGCCUAACAAUAACAACGUUGAAGAGGAGGUCCGAACUCUCUUUGUCAGCGGCCUACCAGUUGAUAUCAAACCCCGGGAACUCUACCUGCUCUUUAGACCAUUCAAGGGUUACGAAGGUUCACUGAUUAAGUUAACAUCAAAGCAGCCUGUUGGGUUUGUUACCUUUGACAAUCGGACUGGUGCCGAAGCCGCGAAAAAUGCAUUAAAUGGAAUUCGCUUCGACCCAGAGAGCCCACAGACACUGCGAUUAGAGUUUGCAAAAGCCAACACAAAGAUGGCAAAGAGUAAACUGAUGGGAACACCAAACCCCAGUAACAUGCACCCUGCUCUGGGAGCACACUUCAUUGCACGGGACCCAUAUGACCUGACUGGAGCAGCACUGAUCCCCGCGUCUCCAGAGGCCUGGGCUCCUUACCCACUGUACACCACUGAGCUGGCCCCUGGUAUGCCCCAUGCUGCCUUCACUUACCCAGCAGCGGCUGCAGCGGCUGCUGCACUUCACGCUCAGAUGCGCUGGUAUCCUUCUCCAUCUGACACUAGCCAGCAAGGAUGGAAAUCUCGUCAGUUUUGUUAAGUAUUUAAUACCAUUCAGGACCUGAAUAUUUUUUGUGUUCUCCCAUUUUUCUGUGGAGUGAUGACAGGUUGUACUGAGCUAUAUUAAUUUAAUCAGGUUUAUUUAAUGGACAAAUGUGCAUUAGCAACUCCUAUUCCAACUUUUUUCUUUCCUUUUUGAAGAAUAUAAAGGACUUUAAACCUGUGAACCACUGUGGACUACAAGUUUGAAGCUGAGGCCUAUUUGGAGUUUUCAUGGUACAGGCGCUGCACUUCAAAACUCUGUGCAAGGCCAAAAAAUCAAUUGCA